GGUAAUCCUUUUACGCCUUCCUUAUGCAGUAUAAAAUAAUCCAAGUCCCUAGCACAGUCACAGAUCGACUCGGCCAUGGCUCCCCCUAGCAUCACAGUCCGGCUUACUAAGGACCCCGAUGCCAAGGGAGCUGCCCCAGUCAUACCCUACUGUGGGCAGAGCUACCUGGACUUGAAGCGCCAGUGUCUCCAGCAAGGAUAUUCGUACACGGAUCCUUUCUUUAAACCCUGUCCCGAAUCGAUUGGAUACAAUGAGCUUGGGCCUGGUGCGAAGGCAACCCAGGGGCUGAUCUGGAAGAGGCCCAAGAAAAUCUGCAGAUAUCCCAAGUUUAUCUGUGAAGCAAUGAGCAGGACAGAUGUCUGCCAGGGGCAGCUGGGUGACUGCUGGUUCCUGGCUGCAGCUGCCUCCCUCACCCUGUACCCACAGCUGAUGAGGAGGGUGGUUCCUCAGGACCAAAGUUUUGACGGCGAGGAUUAUGUCGGCAUCUUCCAUUUCCAGUUCUGGCAAUACGGCCAGUGGGUGGACGUGGUGGUGGAUGACCUGCUGCCCACUGUGAAUGGAGAACUGCUUUUUGUGAGAUCUGCAGAAAAUAAUGAGUUCUGGAUGCCCUUGCUGGAGAAAGCGUACGCCAAAUUGAAUGGCUCCUAUGAGGCUAUGAACGGCGGAUACAUGAACGAGGCCUUUGUGGACUUUACCGGUGGAAUAGGGGAAACGAUCCCCCUGAAGACACCUAACCCAGAGCUCUUCAGGACCAUUAAGCAGGCAGUGAGGAAGCGCUCUAUGAUGGGGGCACACAUCCAGGUUAAAGGCCUUCAUGAGAGGGAAGCGAAUACCGCAGAGGGAUUGGUGAAGGGGCACGCGUACUCCAUCACCGGGGUCCACAAGCUUGAUGUGGAGGGCAAGAAGGUGAAGCUACUCCGGCUACGGAACCCCUGGGGCGAGGUGGAGUGGAGAGGCCGGUGGAGUGACCAUUCACCACUGUGGUCAUAUCUGGAUCCUGCACUCAAGAACAAGUUGUGCGUGAGCAAGGAGGAUGGGGAAUUUUGGAUGCAACUGGUUGAUUUUGUGCGUCACUUCGAUGUCCUGGAAAUCUGCCACUUGAGAGCUGAUGCAAUACAGGAGGAGGGGGCUCCCUCAUCUUGGAAUAUCAGCUGCUUUCAAGGAUGCUGGGUCAAAGGUUACACGGCUGGAGGACGCCAGACCUUCAGCCCUUGGGAUACCUUCUGGAUGAACCCCCAAUAUCAUGUUUCGCUGCGGGAACCGGAUGAGGCCCAGCUGAAGAGGCAAAAGAGAAAGGAGCAUCAAAGCCAAGGUCCUACCUGCAGCCUCCUCGUCUCCCUGAUGCAGAAGGACCGGCGCAGGGACAGGCGGAGAGGAAAGGACUUCCUUCUCAUCUGUUUUGACAUCUUCCAGGUUCCCAAUCAGUAUCUACAAGUGAAGAGCACAGCUCAGAGGAAGAAACUACUUCCCAGUCUCAGGGCCGUCUCUUAUCCUGUCUUUGGGUAUGCAAGGGACAUCACCGGGCACCUUCAGCUGCCACCUGGGGAUUACUUGGUCAUCCCCAGCACCCAAAACCCUCUGGAGGAAGCUGAUUUCACCCUCCGCAUCUUCACCGAAAAGGAGCAUCAGUUCUUGGAGAUUGAUGAUGAAAUCACUGCAGAUGAGAAGACGCUGCAGGUGAUGCAAUUUGCCAAGACCGGACUAGACCCAACACUUGAGAGAACUUUUCUGGAGCAGGCGGGACAGGAUCAGCAAGUCGGCACUGCAGAACUCCAGCACAUUCUAAACAAGGCUAUGGCCAGCCUGAGUCAUCUGAGGACCGACGGCUUUUCCUUGAAGGCCUGCCAGAAAAUCAUCCAGGAUUUCAGCAAAAGCGGGACAGGCAGGCUGACACUGCAUGAAUUUAUGCAACUCUGGACUAAGAUCAAGGAAUGGGAGGGUAUAUUCAUUAUGUAUGACAUGGACAGGUCUGGCACCAUGAACUCCAAUGAAAUGCAGCUGGCUCUGGAUGCGGCAGGAUUCCACUUAAACAACCAGACCACCAUGGCCCUUGUGCAAAAAUGUGCCAACCCCUGGCUUCAGACAGACUUUGAUGAUUUUAUUUCCCUCGUGGUGCAUCUGGAAGCCAUCUUCCAGCGGUGCAAAAACCGAGAUUCCAAUGGUGAUGGACUGAUUUAUAUGACUCAGAAGGAGUGGAUGGAACUCGUCACCUCCCCCAAUUCAGAAGAGGCGACCUAGUCUACGAACAACAAAUACACUAUCCAGGAGGCUUAACUGAUGUGAAAAUACCUGAAACCAGAAAUCCCAGAUUCUGAAAUCCAAAUAAAAUUGAGCAGACAAAUA